UUUCAAUUUCUUUGGCAAUUGAUUCUCUCUUCGUUUUACAUGUAGGGUUCUUUCAUAGCUAAUGCUUGAAGAAUUUUCUUAGAAAAUCAAAGGCCUAAUAUGCCUCAAGAUACACUCAAAUCAGUUGUUUACAGAUCAUUUGCCCACUGUGAUGAUCCAAAUGGGGUUGUGGAAUGUGGGACAAUUAGAAAAUCCAAGAGUGGUUCACGAAAGAUGGAGCGACAAACUCAGAAGGACCACUGGAGAGUUUCCAAUCCAUCUUUUGUAUGUAAGGAAGAAAGGAAUGAAUUGGUCUCUGCAGGUAUCAGCAGAGAAUUAGACAUUCCACUUCCCUCUCAACUGUUGGAGGUCUCUAGAGGAGCUCAGAAGAUAAAUGACAUGAUUGAUUCAUGGUCACUCGGUCUGAGCUUUGAUGGGCAAUCUAAAGAUGAUAUUGCAAGAGAUCUGUUGAAGGGUGCUUUGGAUCUGCAAGAGUCACUGAUCAUGCUUGGCAAGCUGCAAGAAAAUUCAAAAUACAUGUCUCAGUUGAAGAAACAGAAACAGAAACAGAAGUUUGAACGAGAAGCGAAUGAGUUGGUUGUUGGAAGAACUUGUUCAGAUCGAUAUGAAUUCAAAAAUAGUCCAAUAAAUUUGCAAAACCCAAGACUUUCUGCUGAUGGGUCUCCUAGGAAAUGCAGUGAGGAACUUAAGAAAUUGAUCAGAGACAGCUUCUCCAGGCAACACCUUUUACCGAUGCAUUCCACUGAAGACAAGGAUUCUUGGGGUAGAAACAAAGUUGAAGUUGAUUUUGAUUUUGAUUUGGAUAUUCCUUCCACAAGCUCAAGCCGAUCAACUCCGGUUCCCUCUAAGAGCUCUCCAUCUGUCAAUAGUUCAGUUUCAUCAGUAGCCCAGGAGAAGAAGGCAAAAUCUCUGGGUUUGAUUGCCAAGCUUAUGGGUCUGGAACAGUUCCCUUCAGAACCAAUACAAACAUCUGAAAGGAUAAUGGAGAGCAACAAGAAUUCAUGUCAGCCAAGACCCAUUUUUGAUAUUGAGAUGCCAAAACCAAGGAAGCCCCAGUUUGUGGAUUCAACUAUGGACCCAAAUCGGAAAACACUUAAAGACAUCAUUGAGACCAUGCAUUUUAAAGGACUUCUGAAGACUAAACAUGUUGAAAGACAUAGGUUUCAGUCCCAUCUUUCGGAUACUUCUUGUUUCGAACAGAGAAUGGAUGACGAAAUCCCACCUAUUGUAAUCAUUAAACCUCUGAGUUCUUGUGUGAAGAAAGGUGGUCCCCUUCAAGGUAAGUUUAUUUGGGAUGAGACAGCUUUGGAACCUAACAAUUGGCUCAAAUUGAAAGAGAAAAGAGAACCUCCUUCCAAAGUGUCUACUGGGGAAGAGAGAAAGGUGGAGGCUGACCAAAAGAAGAGGCCUGGAAAAAAGAGAAGAGAAGAAGAGCCUGCAAUUAAAAUGUUCAUAAGAGAAGAGGGAGCUUUGGAACAUAAAGAGAUUCCCAAAAAACUGGACACAAAAAAGGAGCUUCAAACCAAAAGGUUUAUCCGUGAAGAAGGAACUAAAAACCCCAAAGAGAAAACCAGGGAACUAGAAGCAAGAGAGUUGAAAACCCACCAAGGAAAGGCAUCUUCUUAUAAGAUGAAGUCCUCUAUUCUUCUAAAUAAUGAUCCACAGAAAAAGGAGGAUAACCAAAAAACUGAGAAGGCAGAGAAGGUAUUAUCUGAUAGAACAAAAACACAAGAAAAAGUGAAUGUGAAAUCUCUAACUCUGUCAAGAUCUCAAGACCAUGCCAGAGCAACCUCAUCCAAGUUGCAGAAGCCAGAUAGAACGUUUACCAUGGUAAAGAAUAGGUUGACGCACCAAGAAAGUACCACUCAAAAUCCUAAGGCAACACGCUCCACAAAACCCAUUUCACAGAAUUCUGCCAAACAGGUGAAGAGAGAGCUGGCUAAAAAAGCUAAACCCAUUGGAAGAUCUGUGGCAAUUGGUGCAGUUACUGAGAGUUCACAAUGCAAGAACAAGGACAAGAAAACCAAUCUGACAUGUGAAAUAGACUCUACUUUGACAACAACAAACACUUUGCUUAGGGAUCAAUGCCCUAUAGAGGAAGGAACAGGGCUAUCUGAAAUGCAUUCUCAAGAUUAUUGUGAAGAUUUGAAGAAGUUUCACUGUGAAGUUACACCACAGAGCAGCCAGCAUGAAAGUAGUAUUGAAAGUGCAGAAGAGACUAACCAGCUAUCUGGCCAUGAGACUAUAGAGCAGAAAGCUGUUGGAACUGAAGUUAGUCUCAGAUCAUUACUUUUGAGCAGCCCAUCAUUCCUCAGCUGUGUGGAAGAGUUCUUUCACCUCAAUGUCAACAAACCUAUAGCUUUAGAGAAAGCAGGUAGUAUUGAAGAAGUUGGAAAAAUCAAUUCCAGAAUUCUCUUGGAGUGUGCAAAUGAACUCUUGGAAAGAAAAAGUCUCAGAAGAUCCCAACUAGUUGUUCCUUUGGUUUGGAUCCCAAAUCCACAAACUGACUUCUCUUUUAAUCAGUUAGUGGAGGAAGUGUGCAAUGGGUUGGAGAAUCUAACAAAUUGCAGCAAUGGUGGUGGUAAUGUUCUUCUGAUGGAUAGCCUUUAUUUAAUGCUGGAGAGAGAUCUCAUGGGCAAUGGAGGAGUUGUGUUGACUAGUUUGUGGGAUUUGGGUUGGAAGAAUGGAUUUUCUGUGGAUGAAACUGGUGAGGUUGUAGGUGAGGUGGAAAAGCAGCUUUUGGAUGGCCUGAUUGAAGAGUUUAUUAUAGACAUUUUGUGUUAGUUUUCUUCUCC